CUCGCCGCUUCUAGCGGGCGGGGAGGGGGCUCUGGUCUCCCCCGGGACUGCAGGCUCCUGGUUCCCGGCGACGGAGGCGGCGAUGGGCCGGCCGGAGACACCGGCACCAUGAGGUUCCUGUGGAAGCGGGCGGCCGGCUCCCUGCUUUUUAUUUACUGCGUCUUUUCCAUUUACGCGGCUUACAUCGUCUUCUUUCAAGGGCAGCGAGGAUCCCGGGCCCGCGGGCGGGCCGCUCCCAGAGAGCGGAAUAAAGACAGUACCCUUCCGUGGCAGAAGGUUGUUGAACAAAGGGAUUUUCAACAGCCAGAACAAGACAAUGAGUGGAAUCCAUGGGAAGAGGAUGAGAAGAUGGAGAAUGCUUUGCAGCAUAAAGCUCAGCUACAGGGAUUUCAGAAACAAAUUUUACAAAACCAGUCCAGACAAAAGAAGGUGCAAAUCUGGGGCAAAGCUGCAAUUGGACUUUACCUCUGGCAGCAUAUUCUUGGUGGCCAGCUUACACCAAGUGAUGUGACAGCUCACUGGAGAGAAGGGGAACUAAAGGCUGGAAAUUUGCAUUUUAGAUUCUGCACUGGUCCUGCUGUGGCCCCUGGACACAUCCCGCUAGAUACUGAGAAUGUGGUGCUUGUGCUCAAUGGCAGAGAAGAAGGAAAGAUCAAGUUUGCCACCCAGUGGCUGCACUAUGUACAAACACUUCUCCAGACAAACAAGCUUCGACAUGUAGCUGUAGUUCUGCUUGGCAGUGAGGAGUGUGAUAAUGACUGGAUUGAGCCCUAUCUCAAAAAGCAUGGAGGAUUUAUUGAUUUGAUUUUUCUGGUGUACGACAGCCCUUGGGUAAACGAAGAGGAUGUUUAUCAGUGGCCACUGGGAGUGGCAACCUACAGGAACUUCCCGAUUGUGGAUCUCAACAACCUAAUGUUGCAUUCUUCAAGGCCAUACUUGUGUAACUUCCUCGGAACUGUCUACAAAGGCUCCUCCAGGGAAAUCUUGCUGGAUGUGUUGAAACGGGAAAGACUCAAUACAAUGUGUCUUAUCUCAGUUAGAGAACAGUGGUUACCUCAGGAAACAAGUGAAAGUUUAAAGAAGUAUCGAGAUGCUUUGUUGCAAAGUGACCUCACCCUGUGCCCAGUGGGAAUAAAUACUGAAUGCUACAGAAUUUACGAAGCUUGCUCUUAUGGUUCUGUUCCAGUAGUUGAAGAUAUCAUGACCCCGGGACAAUGUGGCAACUCGUCAGUGUUCCAGAACGCCCCUUUGCGUCUCCUGAAGUUAAUGGGAGCACCGUUUAUAUUCGUCAAGGACUGGAAAGAGUUGCCUGCUAUUUUAGAAAAAGAGAAGGCGAUGAGCCUGCAAGAAAAGAAUCAGAGGCGGAGAAUUGUCAUCGAGUGGUUUAAGCAAUUCAGAACUCAACUGAGACAAAAGUUCAUUGAUAUCCUUGAAAGCAGGUUUUUUUAACCACUUGGAUCCCCUUCCCAAGACAAUUCAUAGCAUCUGUUUACUAUUGUAAACUACAUGUGCUUUCGUUGAGUAUGCCAAUGCAUUUUGGUGUAAAUAUAUUAUGUAAAGGAACUGUCCUUAAAUUGUGAGAAAAGUACUGUUCUCUGUGAAGAACAUUUGACAUUAUUUUCCACUUUAAAAGAGAGAAUUUGAAA